AUGGAAAGAUUAUCAAUUAUUUGUAAUCAUUUUGAAGAUAAUGAUUCAUUAGAAUCAAAUGAAGUUGCAGCAAAUUCUAAUAAUAAUAAUAUUAAUAAUAAUAAUAAUAAUGGAUUAGCAACAUUAAAUCAAAAUUCAUUAAAUAAUUUAAUUCAAAUUAAUUCAAAGAUUAACUUGGAUUCAGAAAAGAUUGAAAAAAUUACAAAAAUAUUAUUUGACCAUCCAGAUAAAGAAUGGACAGCAGCACGUAAUAGAUUAAUAGAGGUAUUGAAAGAUCCAAUCUUUGAGUGUAAACCAUAUGCGUCAUUCCAUGAACAAAGAGAAUUGGCACAAAAGAGAGUAGCACAUUUAGCAUCGAUACCAGGUGGACCAAUUUUAAAAGUUGGUGAAAUCGUAUCAAACUAUAAGAAAUUUUCAAUGUUUCAAUCUACAUUGGUCUAUUGCGAUAUGUCAAUGGCAGUGAAAUCCUCAGUGCAUUGGGGUUUAUUCGGAGCAUCGGUAUGUUGUUUAGGUUCAGAGAAACACGAGAAAUAUUACGACGAUAUCGAUACUUGCAAAAUGAGUGGCUGUUUUGCAUUGACAGAGUUGGCUCAUGGUUCAAAUGUGAAAGGUGUUGAAACCAUUGCAGAGUACGAUAACAAGACACAAGAGUUUGUAAUUCACACACCAUCAGACACAGCACAAAAGAUUUGGAUUGGUAAUGCUGCAACCUAUGGUUGUUUUGCUACAGUGUUUGCAAAUUUAAUUUCAAAUGGCGAGAAUUAUGGUUUACAUCCAUUCCUUGUACAAAUUAGAGACACCACAACAUUGAAACCAUUGGCAGGCAUCACAACAGCUGAUAACGGACCAAAGAUUGGGUUGAAUGGUGUUGAUAAUGGUCGUUUAUGGUUUAACAAGGUUAGAAUCCCACGUGAUAAUCUUUUGAACAAGUUUGGUGAUAUUGAUGCCAAUGGUGUUUAUAGUACACCAAUUAAGAAUCCAAGCGUUCGUUUCAAUUCAAUGUUAGAGUCGUUGAUUGGUGGUCGUAUCACUGUUGCAAAUAUGGCAAAUUCAGCAGCAAAGAUGGGACUUUACAUUGCUUUACAUUAUGCAUUCUCACGUCGUCAAUUUGGUCCAUCCAAUGGUAAAGAGGUGUUGUUAAUCGAUUAUAUCACACAUCAACGUCGUUUAUUCCCACAAUUGGCAGAGGUUUACAUCAAUCAAGUCGGUAUAAAUUAUGUUAUCAAUAAAUUCCAAAAUAGAACUGAAAAGGAUGCAAGAGAUGUCUUCCUAUUGGCAUGUGGUUUCAAAGCAGCAACAACUUGGAAUCGUUCAAAAACUUUACAACUCUGUCGUGAAUGUUGUGGUGGUCAAGGUAUGGCAGCAAGUAAUAAAAUUGGUAUUCUUCGUGCUGAUACCGAUGUAGAUUUAACCUACGAAGGUGAUAACACAGUACUAAUGCAAGCCGUUGCCAAAGCAUUGCUUCAAGAGUUUAAAUCCUAUUUCACCGGUACAAAACGUAUAACUGGUAUGUUGAGUUACACCUAUUCCAAGGGCCACAUUGGUAUCUUUUUAAGAAAUAAAAACUUUUUCACCAAACGUUUACACACAGAAUCCCAUCUAUUGGAUCCAGAUGUAUUGUUGGAUGCUUUCAUCUAUCGUGAAUUCAAACUCCUUCGUAACUUGAUCAAAACUCUUAGAGCCAAAGUAAAGAAUGAAAAAAUGACAGGUCUUCAAGCUUGGAAUAGUAGUUUGGAUUUAGUACUUCAAUUGGCAAAUGCUUACAUUGAAAGAGUUUCCAUUGAGAAAUUCUUGGAAGAAGUUCAAAAAUCUCCAGAAGAUAUUAAACCAAUCUUAACUUCACUUUGUAUCCUCUAUGAAUUAACAAAGAUUGAAAAUGAUCUUGGUUGGUUCCUUUCAAAUAAAUACUUUGCACCAGUUAAAGGUCAAGCAAUUGGUAAUACAAUCAAUAAGGUUUGUGGUGCAUUAAAAGAUCAUGCAAUUCCAUUAGUUAAAGCAUUUGAUAUUCCAUCUCAAUUUUUAACUGCUCCAAUUAUUGGUGAUUGGGUUUCUCAUUUUUCAAAUCCAAAUAAUUGUUAA